AUGCGUUCAGCUACUCUACUUGCCUUGGCUCUACCAAUUACCGCGGCCUUCCCUCUGGACAAGCGGGCCUCUACGAACUGUAACGACGACGGUUCUGCGUGGGCAACGAAAGACUCGCCGGGCUCCGCGAAGGGCAACAGGCUGUGGACCCAGUGGGACGAGGCCUCGGACGCCAGGACCGGCAAGAAAUGGGCCUCUCCGAAAAGUCAGGCUGACGGAUCGGCGUGGGCAAUGAAAGGCUGGCCGAAGUCCGCAAAGGGCAACGGGGAUUGGACCACCUGGGACGAGGACGAGGACGACAGGACCGGCAAGAAAUGGGCCUCUCCGAAAGGUCACGAUGAUAGAUCCGCGUGGGCAACGAAAAGCUCGCUCGACUCCGCGAAGGGCAACGGGGGGUUGACCUCAUGGAUCGAGGACGAGGUCGCCGGGACCGGCGAGCAGUGGGCCUCUCCGAAAGGUCACGGUGGCAGAUCCACGAGGGCAACGAAAGGCCGGCCGGACUCCGCGAUGGGCAACUGGAACGGGACAUUCUGGGGCAAGGAUGAGGACGCCAGGACCGGCGGCAAAUGGGAGAAAGCAACCGGCCAAGGUGGCUCCAAGAAUCCUCGGCCACAGAACCCCCAGCCACAGAGCGCUCGACCUCAGCGUCCCGAGCCGGAGCCCCAGGACAUGGAGGUUGAGAAAGGGUCUGGCGGAGGCAACGGCGAAGCAGGGAGCGAUCCCGUUUCCCCCCUGCCGGACAACACCACUGACGAGCCUUCCGGCGAGCCGGUAGAGCCAAACGGUAGCGGCAAUGACGAAUUGCCCUCCCAAGGCCCCGAGCCCUCCCAAGGCCCCGAGCCCUCCCAAGGCCCCGAGCCCCCUUCGGCCCCGGAGACGCCCCCGACCCUCUCCCUAGACUCCGGGCCCCCUUCGGACCCAGAACACGAUGAGGAGCCUUCGGCCCUGGGGGGCAUAGUGCUCUCCGCAGACCCCGGGCCCCAUGCGGACCCGGAGUACGAUGAGGAGCCCCAGACCCCUUCGGCGACGGAGACGCCUCCAACCCUUUCGGCCCCGGAGUCGCCCCAGACCCCUUCGGUCCCGGGGAACGAAAUGUUCUCCCCAGGCCCCGGGCCCCUCUCGGACCCAGAGUACAAUGAGUGGCCUGAGAAGACCGACUCUCCAGGCGCCGUCGUCCCCAAGGAGGCCGAAGCCGCCCUGGCCAUGACCAACGAGCUGCGAGCACAGCACGGCUCUCAACCGUUGCGGUGGAAUGAGCACCUGGCGCGCCGUGCUUUGGAAAUUGCCAACUCCUGCGCGAGGAAGGGAGCUUUGGUCCACAGCGGAGAUCACGACGGCAAGGUCACUGUGGGCUGGUCGGGUGACGCCCUGGCCAACUCCGUCGAGAGCUGGUACAACGAAGAGCCUCUCUAUCGCACCGCCGUCAAUUACGGAGAGCCCACCGACGCGGAUUUUGAACAGGCCAAGUCGGUGGGGGCUGCAUGGGGACACUUAACGCAGCUGGUCUGGGCCUCAAGCACCGAGAUGGGCUGCGCGAGGAACACAGAGCCCUCCAUCGACGGGUCAGCUUACGUUACGUGCAGGUACUCGCCGCCAGGAGCAGGCAAUAUGAAGGCUUCUUUCCAGGAAAACGUCAAGCCCAAGAACACGCCCUUGGCUGCUCGCUAA